UGCGCACGCGCGCGUACUCACACAGUUGACCGAAUAAAUGGGAUAGCGAUUCUAUUCAGAUGAUCGACAGUAAAUAUCUAUAUUCGCAUUGAUGUAAAGGCCGUGCUGUGACACAAAACACGAUUAACGAACGUUUAUAAAGAAUUUUUUUUUUCGACGAUUUUUCUAUCGAUACACUGGGGAAUUUUCAAGGACGGAACAUAGUUGCAAGCCACCUCCGAAGAGCUUGACAAGUUUUGCUAGUUUAGUGGAAUUUAUUUUCAAAAUGGCAGCUACGAGAAGAUUGCAAAAGGAACUCGGCGAUAUAAGAGCUUCGGCGAUGAAAAAUUUUAUAAAUCUACAAGUAGACGAAUCAAAUAUUCUAACUUGGCAAGGCCUUAUACUGCCGGAUAACCCGCCAUAUAACAAAGGAGCAUUUCGCAUUGAAAUAAAUUUCCCUGCAGAAUAUCCCUUUAAACCACCUAGAAUAAUCUUCAAAACGAAGAUAUAUCAUCCUAAUGUAGACGAAAAGGGACAAGUAUGUUUGGCGAUCAUAAGCCCCGAAUAUUGGAAACCAGCUACAAGAACGGAACAAGUUGUACAAGCUUUAAUAGCAUUAGUGAAUGAUCCAGAACCGGAUCAUCCUUUGAGGGCAAAUAUCGCGGAAGAGUUUGUGAUGGAUAGGAAAAAAUUUUUGAAGAACGCGGAAGAAUUCACCAAAAAGCACGCGGAGAAAAGGCGAGAGUCAUCUUCCUCUAACGAAUAACCACGAGUGACUAUCUCUACUCACCAUGAUGCCUGCCGCCCGACAUCUAAUUUAAUUCAAGCUGACAUAGACUUAUCUGUUACAUGAAAACAAGUUGAGACACAUGUGUACAGUAUUGGUUAACUACAGACAAUGAUAUGAAUAUACGCAAAUUGUAAUGUUUAUAAAGUGGAUUAACGAACUUUUCAGAGCAAAGUAAAUUAUUAUAAACUAACUGUAUAAUAUUUUAUACAAUUCGUGUUUGAAAUCGUAACGCGGUCACGUUCCGUACGAUUUCCGAAGGCUUGAAGAGUAUUACCUGUCCUUUUCUUCUGCUAAAGCGAAGCAAUAACAAUUUGUUGAAAGCAAACAAUUUUAGAAUACUAGAUUUACGUUCGUCGCUAGAAACAUUUUCGCAAUCUUGAUUUUUUGAUGCAUAUCAAUCAAUCCUGUAAACAUCAAACAAUCGUCAUGAAUGUACAUAAAUCUGUGUGAUUAUUGAAAGUCAAGUUGAUAUUGUAAUCGCAUUACGAUGUAUUUUUUUAGCGUUACGUUGGAAAUUUAAUUCCAUCUCUUAAUAUAAAAUAUUAAUUUGUAAUUCAGUAAUCUCGCAAAUGAUAUUAAUUUGUAACUUAGUAAUCUCCCAUACGAUUACAAUUGAUGGUACUACUUUGCAUAUAUGUAAUUCUCUGUUUUUGAUGUAACGUUAAUACAUUAAAUAUUAAGAAAUUA